AUGGCCAUGUCCACGCUCUCAACCUCCCUUUCAGCGUCGUCCUCAGCGACUGCCGUUAUUGUCCCCAGCAAACCCACUGCUCUGUCUGUCUCCUUCGAGCAAUUGGCGGAUGACAUUUUGGUCUUCCAGAAGCAGCUCGCCCAGCUGGGCAUUCCAUCUGGCGACGCAGUCUCAAUAGCCUUGCCUAACAGCUAUGAGUUCAUCGUCUCCUUCCUUGCAACCACCUUCCAGCGAGCCAUUGCAGCCCCUCUAAACCCCGCUUACAAACAGAGCGAGUUCGAGUUCUACAUCGAAGACCUGUCUUCAGCAGUGGUCAUCUUACCCCAGGGUGCAUAUGCAGACGAUGGCCUUGCAGUCAAAGCAGCUCGAAAACACAAUGCCGCUAUUGCAGAAUGCUAUCUGAAUGGAACUAACCUGAUCCUGGACGUCAAGGAGCAAGGCAAAUUGGCAAGAAGACAGCCCCAGCCUGUUGCGCGAGCUCAGCCUGAAGAUGUUGCUCUCAUUUUGCAUACCUCCGGUACCACAGGAAGACCCAAGGCCGUCCCUCUGACCCAUCGAAACCUGACAAGAACGAUGCAAAACAUUCGCAAUACCUACGAACUCACCCACCAAGACCGGACAAUGCUGGUCAUGCCCUUAUUUCACGUCCAUGGGUUGUUGGCUGGGUUCCUCGCCCCUCUAAGUGCUGGGGGUUCAGUCAUUGUCCCUGACCGUUUCUCGGCCCGGACCUUUUGGGAUGACUUUCUCGAGCACCAAGCAAACUGGUACACGGCGGUGCCUACAAUCCAUCAAAUACUACUCAAGGGGGCCCCACCUAAUCCCAAGCCGAAGAUCCGAUUCAUUCGGUCCUGUUCGUCGCCAUUGGCACCCAAGACAUUCCGCGAACUUGAAGAAACCUACGGAGCACCAGUUCUAGAAGCUUACGCCAUGACCGAAGCAGCUCAUCAAAUGUGCUCGAAUCAACUUCCUCACACUGGGAAGCGAAAGCCGGGAAGUGUUGGCAUCGGCCAAGGUGUGGAAGUCAAGAUCCUAGAUGAUGAUGGCAAUGAGGUCCCUCAGGGCAAGGAAGGCGAAAUCUGUGUACGUGGGGAAAAUGUCACAAAAGGCUAUCUCAAAAACGACAAGGCCAACAAAGAGGCGUUCACCAAGACGGGCUUCUUCCGGACCGGAGACCAGGGCAAGAAGGAUGAAGAUGGCUAUGUCUACAUUACGGGUCGAAUCAAAGAGCUGAUCAACCGGGGUGGUGAGAAGAUAAGCCCAAUCGAGCUUGAUCAUCUUCUAGCCGGAUAUCCAGAAAUCUCAGAGGCGGUCGCCUUCGCCAUUCCUUCGGAACUGUAUGGCCAAGAGAUUGGAGUGGCAGUCGUGCCCAAAGCUGAUAGGGAUGUUACGGAGCAAGGCAUCACGGAGUUUGUGGUGAGCAGGACCGCAAUCUUCAAGAAGCCGCAGCGGGUCUGGAUACUGAAAGAGAUACCAAAGACAGCGACUGGCAAGGUACAGCGACGGAAAGUUGCGGAGUCCCUAUUAGCCAAGGAUGAGCCUAGAGCAAGGCUAUAG